AUGCCGCUGUGUUUUGCCUUCGGGUGUACCCAUAUGACUGGCGCGAAUCGAACAUGUAGUUUAUUCAGAUUUCCUACAGAUCCAAAAAAGAGGAAGAAAUGGAUUGAUAGAUGCAGGAGAGCAGAUAGAGAAUCCAAUAAUAAUGAUCGAAUUUGCAGUUGCCACUUUAAAGAUGGGAGAAAAGAGAAUGGGCCGACAAUUUUUGUAUACAGCAAAAAUAAUUGCUUUCCUGACUUUGUCGAGCCAAAAAGAAAGAGUGAAAGAGCUCCAAAGAGAAUUAGAGUCACUAAAACUGAAAAACAAGCCUUUACAAUUUGCAACAUAAUACAGGACGCAGACAAGAUGCUGUUAUAUACUUCAUUUCCCUCAGAAGGUUUCAAUAUACUGGUGUCCUUGUUGGAAAGAAUGGGCCCAUUCCAAUACUAUAAUGGAUGGACGGUACAAGGGAUCAGUACCAGUGACCAGCUCCUUAUGACUCUUAUGAAGUUACGCCUUAAUUUAAGGGAUCUGGAUUUAGCAGAAAGAUUUAACACCAGUAAAAGUACUGUCUCCAACAUAUUGAAUACCUAUGUUACAGCGCUGCAUGAAAUUUUAUUUGAAGGAGUGAUGAAGGCUGUUGGGAUUCCCUCCCAGUUAAAAUGCAAAGGGUCAAUGCCCAAAUCAUUUGAGGAGUUUUCCUCUGCGAGAAUAGCAAUGAAUGCCACUGAAAUCACACAAGAUGUACCAUCAGACAUGAAUAACCAGUCGCUAUCUUACAGCAACUACAAAAGUCGCCAUACAGUAAAAGCUGUCACGUGUGUUGCACCAAAUGGUGCUUUAGUGUAUUGUUCAGAACUUUAUCCUGGAUCCACCUCUGAUGCUGCCAUUGUUGAUCACUGUGGUGUAUUGGAUAUGUUGAAGCCAGGUGAUAUGAUCCUUGCAGAUAAAGGCUUCAACAUAUUUGAUAAGCUUCCACCAGGAGUGACAUUAAACAUACCACCUUUCCUGUCGUCCAAAUGUCAUUUCACAAAGGAAGAAGCACAGCUUUGUUACAUGAUUGGGAGAAGUCGAAUUCAUGUGGAGCGAGCAAAUGAAAGAAUCAAGAAUUUCCGUAUUCUAGAUCAUAUUCCUGCACAAUACAGACAUCUUGCCACCAAAAUUUUCCAACUGUGUGUAGCUCUUGUUAAUUUGCAAGCUCCUCUAUUGAAGGAAAUAGCAGAAAAGUAUGAAAUUUAG